AUGCUGACGCCAACUGUUCGCUCUCAGUGGGCCACGCGCGAUGCUGCUGCACGUCUUGCUGUGCGGGUGUUCUCCUUCCCCUCUCCUGCCCUCUGUCGCCUCUCCCGCUGCGGCCUGACCUCGUUGGUCUUGAGUCGGUCGGUGCGGCGUCUGCCCCUAGCGGGAGACGCCGCGCUGGCAAGGGCAAGGGGGGAAAGGGAGCGGGUGGGGCCAGUGGGGGCGGUGGCGGUGGAGGUGGAGGCGGCGGAGGGAGUGGGGGUGGCGGUGGAGGUGGUAGCGGGGGUGGGGGUGCUAGUGGCGGCAGUGGAGGCGGGAGUGGCGGCGGCGGUGGCGGUGGUAGCGGAGGUGGCGGAGGUGGCGCCGGUGGAGGUGGAGGCGGGGGCGGUGGAGGCGGAGGCGGGGGUGGCGGAGGUGGAGGUGGUCGGAGUGGAGCUUCGCAGCGGAGCGGCACUGGUGGCGGUCAGCGCCAGCAGCAGCAGCAAGCAGCAGCAGCGUUCUCGCGACGUCCCCACCCCUCAGCAGCUCCGUGAGUGGUACACGCAGCGUCAGCGCGGUGCCGGUGAGGCUUCUGCUCUAGGUGCCAGUGCGUCUGUGCUCUCAGGUGCUCGUGAGACUGCUCUCUCAGGUACUAGUGCGUCUGUGCUCUCAGUCCUCCCGUGUCCGGCGGCUCCCUCUGGCACCCUGUCUGGUCUCUACCUCCCCUCGUUCUCUACGAACUUGGUGAGUGGUGCUGACCUACAGGAUGCGGGAGUCCACCAGUUCACCCCUGCUCGUCAGCGAGUGACGCACUGCACAGAGGCUAGCACGGGUCGUCACCUGGCUACGUUUACACGUCAGCCAGGGUCGAGCCUGUACACACUGACCACUGCUUCUCCUCCAGGUGCUGAGUCUGGUAGAGUCCCUUCGUCUGGUCAGGUGUUUGCUCCAGCGUCCAGGGCCUUGGCCCUGCCUGUGUCCCCUGUGUCGAGAGGCGCCAGCGUGCUGCCCCUCACUUCUCCCAGUUUCCUCCGACAGAGGCCCCCGUUGCAGACGCUUCACAUGGACGUGUGGGGCCCUGCCCACGUCCGUGGACUCGGUCACGAGCGCUACUUCCUGUUGGUGGUUGACGACUACUCGCGUUACACCACAGUCUUCCCCUUGCGCAGCAAGGGUGAUGUCACUGAGGUGCUGAUCGACUGGAUCCGCGCAGCUCGUCUCCAGCUCAGGCAGAGCUUUGGCUCGGACUUUCCUGUGUUGCGUCUGCACUCGGACAGAGGCGGAGAGUUCUCCUCUGGCCUUCUGCGUGCCUACUGUCGUGCGCGAGGCAUCCGCCAGACCUUCACGCUUCCGGACUCCCCGCAGCAAAAUGGGAUUGCAGAGCGCCGCAUUGGCAUGGUCAUGGACGUCGCUCGUACGUCCAUGAUGCAUGCGGCUGCCCCCCCAUUUUCAGUGGCCGUUUGCGGUCAGGUUGGCGAUGCGUCGGCGUUCCGGGUCUGGGGAUCUCGGGCGUUUGUCCGCGACUUGUCUGCGGACAAGCUGUCCCCUCGCGCUGCUCCCUGCGUCUUCCUGGGGUUCCCCCCCGACGCCCCUGGGUGGCAGUUCUACCACCCCACCUCUCGACGUGUUCUGUCCUCCCAGGACGUCACGUUCGACGAGUCGGUACCCUACUACCGCCUCUUCCCCUACCGCACUCCGUCCCUCCCCCCGCCCCCGCUCUUCUUGGUGCCAGGUCCCCCCCCGGUAGACCCCCUCCCCCCUCAGGGUCCUGCCCCUUCAGGUGUGUCCCAGGUAGACGCGGUCGAGCCUGUCGAGGUCACUGGUGACUCUGGUGCUGCUGCGCGAGCUGAGCCUGGGGUGCUGAGCCUGGAGGUGCUACACUUGGGGGUGCUGAGCCUGGGGGUGCGGAGUCUGGAGGUGCUGAGCCUGGGGGUACUGAGUCUAGGGGUGCUGAGCCUGGGGGGUGCUGGGCCUGGGGGUGCUGAGCCCGGGGGUGCUGAGCCCGGGGGUGCUGGGCCUGAGGGUGCUGAGCCUGGGGGUGCUGAGACUGGGGGUGCUACGCCUGGAGGUGCUUCGUCUCGUCGAGAGCCACUCUCCCCACAGGAGCUGCGUGAGUGGUUUGCCCGGCGCUGGAGGCGUGCUGCUGGUGCUGGAGGUUCUUCGGCUGCAGAGGGUACUUCUGCCGAGCGUCCCGGAGGUGCUCGUACUGUAGGUGCUGGAGCUGCUGGGUCUGAGGGUUCUCCUGGAGCUGGUGCUGCUGAGGGUGUUGGCGCUGAGACUGCCGCUGACGGUCCGACUGGCAGUGCUCCUGGUGGUGCUGCUGGAGGUUCUGGAGCUACUGGAGGUGCUGCUGGAGGUGCUGCUGGAGCGGGUACUCCUGCUGGGGGUACUGGUGCUGUCCCUGCUGUUUCUGGCGUCGCCGCGCGGCCCCGACCGUACUUCGUUCCGCUCCUGCAGCAGGUUCUUGGUCUUACACCUUCUCCUGGUCCUCCUCCUCCUCCCUUAGAGGGUCCACAGCCUGUCUCGUCACAGUCACAGCUACAGCCUGCCUCCCCUUUGCCUGCUCCUUCUCCCUACGCUGGUCCGACUGGAGGUCUUACUGAGCGUCGUGAGCCUGCGUCUCGUCCUGCGUCGCCUGUUCGUACUGCGCGCGCUAGUGGUCGCGGUUCGCGUCAGCGUCCUCCUCCUGUCCCUGGCACGCACCGGAUGUCUCUGCGUCCUUUGGACUCUCUUCGUGCAGCCAGUCCUUCUGUCACGCGUCUCCUUGCUACUGCUGUCACUGACCCUUCUUUUGAGUCUUCUGCUGCGUCUGCCCUUGUCACUGAGCUCGUCGACUUUGCUGCUCGCUGUCGUCAAGACUACGCUGCUAGUCUUGUCGCUGAGUCUGAGUCUGCCUGUCCUCCGUCCGUCGGGGGUGAGUGUGCCCUUAGCACAGACGUCCUUGAGGACAGGCAGGAGGAGUUCCAGUGUCUGGCCGCUGCUUCACCUCAUCUCGCGUCUGCAGCUAUGGAUGCAGAGAUGGCUUCCUGGAAGUCCACAGGCACCUACGUUGACGCUGUCCCCCCUCCUGGGGCGAACAUCGUCAGUGGCAUGUGGAUCUUCAGGGUGAAGCGGCCGCCGGGUUCUCCGCCUGUCUUCAAGGCGCGUUACGUGGCUCGUGGCUUCAGUCAGCGGCAGGGGGUUGACUACUUUCAGACCUUCUCCCCCACCCCGAAGAUGACCACUCUUCAGGUACUGCUGCACGUUGCUGCUCACCGUGACUACGAGCUGCACUCUCUCGACUUCAGCACAGCUUUCUUGCAGGGCAGCCUGCACGAGGAGAUCUGGCUGCGUCGCCCACCUGGCUUCACUGGGUCUUUCCCUCCUGGUACCCAGUGGAGUCUCCGGCGUCCAGUCUACGGUCUCCGCCAGGCGCCACGUGAGUGGCAUGACACACUGAGGACUACGCUGGCGGCACUUGGGUUUGCUCCUUCUACUGCCGACCCGUCGCUGUUUCUGCGCACCGACACCUCUCUGCCGCCGUUCUACAUCCUCGUGUACGUCGACGACUUGGUCUUUGCCACAGCUGACACUGCUGGACUCGCCUACAUGAAGUCCGAGCUGCAGAAGAGACACACGUGCACUGACCUGGGUGAACUGCGCAGCUACCUUGGCUUGCAGAUCACCCGGGACAGAGCACGCCGCACCAUUACCCUGACUCAGUCACACAUGGUGCAGCAGGUCCUUCAGCGCUUCGGCUUCACCAUUCUCGCACGCUAUGUUGCUCCUGGGAGACACCGACCAGAGCACAUGGCUGCAGCGAAGAGGGUGUUGCGCUACUUGUGCAGUACGUCGGGCAUGGGGCUAGUGCUUGGAGGGCGCAGUCCAGUGGUCCUCACUGGGCACGCGGACGCUUCUUGGGCUGACGACCAGGCUACGCAGCGGUCGUCACAGGGUUACACCUUCAGCCUUGGUUCCGGCUCUGUUUCGUGGCGGGCUACCCGCUCGUCUUCUGUUCUCGGCUCCAGUUGUGAGGCUGAGAUCUACGCCGGGGCUAUGGCUGCACAGGAGUUACGCUGGCUCACCUACCUGUUGACCGACCUUGGAGAGCCGCCUCGUUCUCCUCUAGUCCUGUACGUAGACAACAAGGCCAUGCUGGCCUUGUGUCGAGAGCAGCGAGUGGAGCACAGGACAAAGCACAUUGCUCUCCGCUACUUUCUUGCUCGUGAGCUACAGCAGCGUGGACAGUUGCGACUUGCGUACGUGGCCUCUGAGGCCAACACUGCUGAUGUCUUCACCAAGGCACUUGCGCCUUGUGAUCAUCAGCGUUGCUGCACGCAGCUGGGCCUUGUGCCUGUCUUGCCUCACUUACUCACUUCUUGA